CGGAAGCAGUAGUUGAAGUUCGCCGUGCUGGUCUCGUCCUCGUCCCCACUCAAAGUUGAGAGCAGACAUCUCUUCGUUAGUCGUCAACAUGCCUUUCAUAGACGUCCAGACCAAUUUACCGGCCAGCUCGUUCUCCGAGGACUUCGUGAGGAAGCUGAGCUCGUGCGCAGCGGCCGCUCUGGGAAAACCGGAGGACAGGAUGAACGUGGUGGUGAAGCCUGGCCUGCUGAUGCUGAUAGGUGGCUCUUGCUCUCCGUGUGUGUCGCUGUCUGUAUCUGCCAUCGGUGUGACGGACACUGCUGAGAAAAACAAGGAGCACAGUGCCAAGAUUUUUGAGUUUCUGACCGGAGAACUUGGUCUGACUGAAGACAGGAUUGUUAUCCAGUUCCACGAGCUGCAGCCUCACCAGGUCGGGAAGAAGGGAACCGUCAUGAGCUUCUUGUGAAGGAUGUUGUUGUUUGACAUAACUCACAAUCUCAUUCCUGAGAGGAAAAGAAGACAGAUUAGGAUUAUUCACCCACUGAAGUAAAAAUCAUUUUCAUUCUUUUUAUUGAUCUUUGAUUUUUGUGUCAUGUCCUAAAGCUGUAAAACAUGCAAACACAAAUCAAUUCUAGUUUUCUAUUCUAUUUGAUGAUUAAAAGCCCUGUGACUGUAAACAUUCCUGAAAUCACUUGUCUCACAUACUUUUGGAGAAAAUGAUACUAAAACCACAAGGAAUAAAAAAAAAUCUCUCUGACAAUA